UCAGUCACACAAGUCGUCGAGCAUUUCGCCUCUGCGGUGGGGGUCGGUCUGCAGUCAAAUUGGUCGACUCUUUGCCUCUGAGGAGGUGCAAACCAACCCUUAGUCGCCGAACGAGAAAGGCCGUGGAAAUUCCUUCUUGUUCCCAUCUUGCCGCCGCAUACUUCCCACCGUCCCCCUUGCUUUCUUCGUGGCUCCUCUUCAUGGGCCAGACUCAGAGCGAUGCCGCGGCCGCCGCUGCCGAAGCUGCGAGCAAGAUGGAGCAGCCACCGCCGUCGAUCGAACCCCCUCCAUCUCCGGCCGCUUCUUCCAUGGAAGCUCUGGUCGCAGAAGCAAUGGCAACUGGAGACAAUGACAGUGAAGAGUCACUGGAAGAGAAGGCACAAAGAGCAUUGAAAUGUCCAUGUGUUGCUGACUUGAGAAAGGGUCCCUGUGGGGUUCAGUUUUCAGAGGCAUUCGUCUGUUUCAUUAAGAGCACUGCAGAAGAGAAGGGAUCAGACUGUGUGAAUCCUUUUGUCGCCUUGCAGAACUGCAUUAAGGCAAACCCUGAUGCAUUUACCAAGGAUAUUUUGGAUGAAGAGAAGGAACCUGAAGAGGAGAAAGUUCAAGACUACAAGAUUAUACCUCCAUCAUGGUCCAGAGAACCGAGACCAAAGAACUGAGAUGCUAAACCUCCUCACCAUUUUCAAAAUAACACAACCUAAACGACUGAUUCAUCUUUUCAGGUUUCGAUAGUUCUUGCAGUUGAUGAUACACUUCACUUAUAUAUUUCUGUGCAUUAAAAUUUACUAUCUUUAUUGUGGUAGCUUUGUUCAGCCUAAAUUAUGGAACCCAAGAUCACGCAAAUUCUAUUUCUUGUUCAGAACUUGUUGCAAUUCGUAAUGGAUUUUAGGAAGCUGUGAUGAUUAGCAGCAUUUGAAGAGCAGCAACUUCUUUGAAGGUUAAUAAUGGUGUAUAAGCUUGGCUUAAAGCGCCUUUCGAAAAGAGUAUUGAAUUGUUCAGAAUUAGCUUGUAUCUUCUCUUCAAAUUACGAUUCUUCUUUGACAAUAUGUAGUGAUAAGGUAUGCUUAUUGAGUUAUAUUGUUUUUAGUGUCACAAGUAAUUAAUUUCAUGGUGAUUGAACAACA